AGUAUUCCGUCUCGGCAAAAAAGAUGUAGUAAUGACUUACCGUGCAAAUUAAUUAUCUGAAAGGUCCAUAGUAGUUGACAAGACUUGAUUCUGGUCACCUGUUUCUGAUGGAAUUUGAAAACCUAUUCAAAAGAAAAAGGCUAUAACAGCAGACCUGCAGAGAAUGUUGUAAUAACUCUUGGUACUCAGUCUUUCUAAAAUAACUUGGUUACCGAUAUUGCUUUGUGUCCUUGUCCCAAUUCCAGCACAUAAACUAUAUGUAUUUAGUAUUUGCCUUGUGAUAUUGCAGUGGCUCUAGGGCAUGUUCAGAUUGUUGCCAGCCUGGAAAGGUAGGCAUUUUUCAACAUCUCUUCCAUAUGUUCGAUCCAACUAUCAUUGGUAUUCCACGAAUGCAAUCUGCCUUCAGAUUCCACCAAAUGACAUUGAGGAUGAGAAGAAUGAGAUUGAUUUUGAGCUUUUAUUCAGCUCAUGCACCAAAACUGAUAUCGUUAGGAGGCUUCAUGCCCUCCUUAUUGUCUCAGGGAGGGCGCAGAGACUGUCCCACACAACUAGACUUGUCAAUCUUUAUGCCCAUCUGGGUGAUGUUUCAUUAUCUUGCAGUACUUUUAAUCAGAUACAAACAAAAGACACCUAUAGCUGGAACUCGAUGUUGUCAGCUUAUGUUCGUAAUGGCCAAUUUACUGAAGCCGUUAAUUGUGUUUACAAAAUGUUGUCAAUGUCUGAUGUUCGGCCUGAUUUCUAUACUUUUCCUCCGGUUCUGAAAGCUUGUGGUAGAUUAAUUGAUGGGAUGAGACUACAUGGUUGGGUUUUCAAAUUGGGCUUGGAAUGGGAUGUUUUUGUUGCUUCUGCACUGGUCCACAUGUAUUGCCGCUUUGGGCAGUUUAUUGUUGCCAAUAGGAUCUUCAAGGACAUGCCAUCUCGAGAUAUGGGCUGCUGGAAUUCUGUGAUAUCUGGGUUCUGUCAGAAUGGGAAUGCAGCGGAGGCGUUGGCAAUCUUGGAUCAAAUGAGAUUGGAAGGAAUUAAGAUGGAUUCAGUGACUGUUUCUAGCAUUCUUCCUGUUUGUGCACAAAUGAAUGAUAGUUUACGAGGCAUGCUGGUUCAUUUGUAUGCCAUAAAGCAUCACUUGGAAGUUGAUGUUUAUGUGUCCAAUGCCCUGAUUAACAUGUACGCUAAAUUUGGUGAAUUAGAAAGCGCCCAGAAGGUUUUUGAUCAGAUGGUGCUCAGAGAUAUAGUUUCAUGGAACUCAGUGAUUGCUGCAUAUGAGCAAAAUGAUCUCCCAGGUUGUGCAAUCUACUUCUUUCAUCAGAUGCAACUCAAUCAACUUCAGCCAGAUUUAUUGACAAUGGUAAGCAUAGCUUCCAGCAUUGCUCAGACUAGAGAUUGUGUUUCUGCAAAAUCCAUCCAUGGAUAUAUUUUACGGAGAUGUUGGAUUAAUGAAGAUGUUGUACUUGGAAAUUCAAUUGUUGACAUGUAUGCUAAACUGGGCAUUAUGGACUCUGCACGCAUGGUUUUUGAUGAAAUGUUUGUUAAAGAUGUGGUUUCGUUUAACACAAUGAUCGCAGGUUAUGGUCAAAAUGGUCUUGCAAGCGAGGCCAUUGAAAUAUUCCGCAUGAUGCCUUGCAAAAACAUAACACCUGAUGAGGGUACUUGGGUUAGUGUUUUACCUGCUUAUGCUCAUCUUGGAGCCUUGCGAGAAGGGACUAAAGCUCAUGGCCAGGUUUUCAAAAGAGGUCUACAUUGGGAUAUCUUUGUGGGCACAUGCCUGGUUGACUUGUAUGGAAAGUGUGGGAGACUGGAUGAGGCAUUGCUUUUAUUCUAUGAGGUUCCCAGGACUAGUUCUGUCCCUUGGAAUGCAAUUAUAGCUUGCCAUGGAAUUCAUGGAUGCGGUGGGACAUCUCUACAACUAUUCAGAGAUAUGCUGGAUGAGGGGGUACAGCCAGAUCACAUAACCUUUUUAUCCAUAUUGGCAGCUUGCAGCCAUUCAGGCCUGGUUGACCAAGGUAAAUCAUAUUUUCACCUGAUGCAGCAAGAAUAUGAAAUUAAACCUGGUAUGAAGCACUAUGGGUGCAUGGUGGACUUGUAUGGUAGGGCCGGACAUCUGGAAAAGGCAUACAAUUUUAUUAAAUGUAUGCCUGUACCUCCUGAUGCUUCCGUAUGGGGUGCUCUUCUUAAUGCUUGUAGAAUCCAUGGAAAUAUUGAGUUGGGUAAAGUGGCUUCGCACCACUUGUUUGAAGUUGAUUCAGAUAAUGUUGGGUACUAUGUCUUAUUGUCAAAUAUAUAUGCAAAUGUUGGGAGAUGGGAAGGGGUUGAUGUGGUAAGAUCAUGGGCUAGAGACAAGGGAUUGAGGAAGACACCUGGGUGGAGCUCGAUUGAGCUAAAUAAUAUGAUUGAGGUAUUUUAUACUGGACAUCCACAGUCUGAAGAGAUGUACAUGGAACUGGCCAUUUUAACUGCCAAAGCAAAAGACCUUGGUUAUGCUCCAGACUACAGCUUUGUGUUGCAGGAUGUUGAGGAUGAUGAGAAGGAAAACAUUCUCACAAGUCACAGUGAGAGAUUGGCUAUUGCUUAUGGAAUCUUAAAUUCACCCCCAAAAAGCACUAUUCGAAUUUUUAAGAACUUGCGUGUUUGUGGAGACUGCCACAAUAUGACUAAAUUUAUAUCUAAGAUCACUGAGAGGGAGAUUAUUGUGAGAGAUUCAAACCGUUUUCAUCACUUCAAAGAUGGAUUUUGUUCUUGUGGAGAUUAUUGGUAACGACUGGAUGUCAUUACUUGGUGCUGAAAGUUUCCCAUUUGGAUUGAUUUUCAAGUUCAUCCAAGAUCCAGGAUAGUUUUGCAAAUGGUAUCGUGAUCUACCUACAGAAUUGCUUCCAAAACUUGGAGAAACCUGGAUGAGGCCGUUGCCUA